CGACUAAAAAAAUCCUCAUCAGUGUGGCCGCGUGUGCAUUGAUUGUGAUUGUGUCGUGUAAAUUUCUCUUAUCAUUACUAAAAUUUGAAUUUGUCUUUUAUGAUUUCAAUUGUACAUCGCGUAAUCCGUUAAUUGCACAUCAGGGGCAGCAAUACGACCACCGAAAAAGCCAAUAAACAAUUUCUUCCCAUCCUCUUCCACGGCAACGUUAAAUUGAAUCAACGAUCCAUAUCUGGUGCUUCCGAUUACAUAGUUGCAACAGCAUAAUUGAUAAAUCGACAUCGACGACAACAAAUAUCUCGUGCCGAUAUCGAACUUUGGCAAAACUGAUUUCGUCAUUACGCUCCUCACACAAUGCUGGUGAUGAUCGAAAACUCAUCGAUUGAACAAAGCUAGCAAGACGGUGUGGGGGCAUUGAGAUUGGCCCCCAGCCCGAGCAUGUCGCUCGCAAAUGAAGAAUGAAGAAACAAAAUGUUCGCACGAUCUCCUUAAUCGUGUGCACAUUUACAUAUUUACUUGUUGGAGCGGCUGUAUUUGAUGCACUAGAAAGUGAUACAGAGAAAAAACGCUUUGAAGCGUUAAACGAUAUAGAAGCUAUGAUAAUUAAAAGGUACAAUGUAUCUUCUGAAGACUAUAAAGUUAUGGAAACCGUAGUACUGAAAUCCGAACCACACAAGGCUGGUCAGCAAUGGAAAUUUACGGGCGCCUUUUACUACGCUGUGAAUGUGUUGACAACCAUAGGUUAUGGUCAUUCAACUCCGAGUACAGUGGGUGGAAAAUUGUUCACAAUGUGCUAUGCCAUAGUUGGUAUACCAUUAGGUCUGGUUAUGUUUCAAAGUAUUGGAGAAAGAGUUAAUAGACUGAGCAGUUUCGUCAUCAAAACAGUGAAAUCAUCGCUUCAUUGUCGACAAACUGCAGCUUCCGAAUUAGACUUAAUUUGCGUUGUAACAACGUUGAGCUCUCUUACUAUAGCGGGUGGUGCUGCCGCAUUUUCGAAAUUUGAAGGUUGGAGUUACUUUGAUUCAGUUUACUAUUGUUUCAUCACUCUCACGACCAUCGGAUUCGGAGAUAUGGUAGCACUGCAAAAGGAUAAUGCACUCAACAGAAAGCCCGAAUACGUUAUGUUUGCUUUGAUUUUUAUACUUUUCGGACUGGCGAUUGUAGCCGCUUCAUUGAACUUAUUAGUACUAAGAUUUGUGACGAUGAAUACGGAAGAUGAACGACGUGAUGAGGCCCAAGCUAUGCAGGCUCUACAAGUAGCUGUUCGAUUAGAAGGAGAUGUUAUAACGGCGAACGGUUCAAUAUUAAGCGGGCAUAUUGGACAUGAUUCGGCGUCUUUGAAUGGCGAUAAUACAUCAAUAUGUUCGUGUCAUUGUGCCUGUUUUAGGGCAAGUCGACAUAAAACUGGUUUUCUAUUUAGCAAGCACAGGUUCAAAGUGAGACGAUCACCGAGUCACAUCCGACAUUUGCUACCAUCGGCCGUGUUACCGAUGAAAGAAUUUCACCUAAACGAUCGGUACGGUGUGAUGGAAUCGCGAACCCAAACCACAUUAUUGCAACACAACCUUGGACCACCCGACCUGCCGCCACUGUAUCAGCCACAGCAUAGAGCUUCGGUGUAAUGGACAAUUUAGCAUUUUGUAAAAUUUAAAAUUAGUGGAGUAAAACGAGAUUAAAAUGAAACGAAAGGAUAAGACGUACGCUAUAGGAGGAGGACAAGGAGAGAAAACAUUUUGCCGAAA